GGUAUAUAAGGCGAGGAAUGACCAGUGGUCGCCACAGAGUACCACACCUUCAUAGCUAUGAGAUCCACCGUGCUUGCGCUGCUGCUGGUCGUCGCCUGCUUUGCCGCAGUCGACGCAGGGUUUCUGGGAGGAUAUCAUAGCUACCCCAUCAUCAAAAGCUACCAUAGCUACCCCGUCUACAAGAGUUACAGCAGUUACCCCAUCUAUAAGAGCUACAGCAGCUACCCCGUCUACAAGAGCUAUAGCAGCUACCCCAUCUACAAAAGUUACAGUUCACCGAUAGUCAUCAAGAGCUACGGCUCAGGCUGGUGGUAGAACGUCACCACCAGAGAAAUUGUUUGCCCAAUUUCUUUAUAACUUUAAACAACUAAAUACGUUUUUUGUCAUCAUGCCUUCAUGUCAAUCAACAAAUGUUUGCCUUUUUUGGUUUCGAACAGUUUAAUUUCACACCAAUUUUAAGUUAAGCUAAAUAUGUAAACAUGAAAUUUGUUUUAUGUUCAUUCUUUUUCCAAUUUUCUAUUUCCUGUAUCUCUCACUUGAAUCUCUUUAAACAAGUUCUAGUCUCAUGAUGUCUUAUGUUACCAAUAAAAUUCUAGUUAUUAAUAUAUUGAAUUUCAUCUGCUAUACCCUCGUCAAAAAUCAUUAGUUAUUUCGUAAAUUGACUGCAUUUUUUGUAGGUGCCUUAAGGUUGCAGUUAGUGGCUUUGAAUAAAUCAUUGAAUAUUUUGACACUUCCUGAAUGAAUUACAGAAAAAGAAAACACCAGGCUAUAGAAUAGAUUUUUAUCUUGUAGUUCUUAACUAGCAAUAGAUUGAUUCAGAUUUGA